AUGCUGAGAGCGCUAGUCGUGAGAUACAAAGACGUCGCUGGGCUGGUGCUGAACGAGUGUCGGGAAAAGUUGGUACACCCUGAUUUGGUUUUCCUUAUGCUGCCUUUCUCUGAGGAGAUUCACGUGCGUGGCCUUCAGAAUUACGCGAGAUUCCGUGAGAUCUCUGAUGACCUUGAGCGGUAUCUGGACUAUGUCAAGUACUUCAUUAAUCGACAAAUGAACCGGGCGGGUCAGACGCCUCGUGGUCAACCGCACAUGCGUGGUAACUACUGGUAUGAACACUUUGUCGUCCAAAUCAUGUUGGAAGCAGCCAGACCACAAGAGUUUGUGGCGUAUUUGGAGUAUCUUCGAAUACAGAAUCGUUUGCGUGACUUCGUAACGCGUGCGGACCGAGUAUUGCUGGCCAUGCAUCCGGAAAAGACUGAGGACUUGUUGCUGCGAUCGUGGGCAGUGGAUGAUUUGGACCUCAAAGGCGCGAUUGGUUUCAUGCCUUGGGGAGAUUUUCACGCGCCUGAUGCUCGCGUCGCGAUGGACAAGGAAAUAGUGGUCGACAUUCGUAAAAGGUUCAGACAGGUUCUGAAGUAUGUGCGCCUAUACCGAGAAGUACAACCACUUGGUCGGCUUGACGACAAGGAAGUUGCUGAUGCACUGAAGUAUUGGUCAACAAGUGAGGAAUUGUUGGCAUACAGGGAACUGCUUGAAGGCCAUUUGGACGAGUACGGGUCUUUCGAAAAACUGGUGAAGGUUGUCGGUACUUUCUAUCCGUUUACAAAAAAGGAAAUAGCCAAAUCGAAGAGGAUCGUAGCUGAUAUUCUCAGGGUACCGAACCGCACGAACCUGUUACGGCUUGACAACAAUUUGCUAGCACCGUAUUAG